CCUCGGCGGGAUGCCCCCAACUCACCUCCGCGCCUGCGCACUGGACCUCCGCGCCCCCGCGGGUCCAAGGCGUUCGGCCACCAUCUUGGUGUCGGGCCUGCGGCUUCACGCCUCUCCAGGGUUUCCAGGAAGUCCACUCCCUUCGCUGAUUGGCUGGCGGCCGACACUCGCGCCCCAGGAUUGGACAGGCCCUCCGCCAACUCAGCACACCCGGCGAGGAGGCGGGUACUCUUUUCCCAGUCCCGCUUGCCUUGGAGAAGGCGCAGCAGGCGGAAAUCCAACCGGGGCAGCCGCUUCCCGCGCUGUGCCUGCAGCCCCAGGCGAAUCCCUGCAGGCAGCUGCCCGUUUCCCCUCCGCCGGUCAACCCCCCACUUGUUCUUGGGCCAUCGCAGCGCCUCGUCCUCUCCCGGGCACUUUACAGUCACAAAGGCAGCCCCGCUCUUGCCCUGGGAAUCAAGCAGUCCCUGGACCCCAAGCGCAGGGAGGCGAGGGGCAGGUGGCACUGCAGAUGGGGAAGCUGUGCAAGAGCUGGCAGGCCAGAGGAGGAUGCACAAACCGGAGCAGCCAGGCUGGGACUUCCCUGAUCGUUGUUUAUUCUGGAUUGCUGCCUCGGUCCCAGGACGAAGGGCCGGUCCCAGCAGAGAAGGUGGUUGAGGCUCCAGAAACACCCAGCCUAAAUUGCCAAGAAGGGACGACAUGCCGCCCAGGGUUGGGGAGGCCACUUCUGUCUCUGAAUCGCUUUUUACCUAUUCCAGGGAAAGAUCCAGGCAGAACGAACACCAGCUGCCCCCUGCUCCUCCAGCCAGCCCAGGUGAUGAAUUAGCAUACAGGGAAGAUGUCCAGAAGUUAUCCACAUGGUGCUCAGGAAACAAUUUGCCCCUAAACAUCUGCAAGACCAAGGAGAUGGUGCUAGACUUCCAGAAGAAGAGAGAGGAACCCGCCCCACUUUACAUCAAGGGGGGCUGUGUGAAGAGGGUCUCCUCUUUCAAAUUCGUGGGAGUCCAUCUUAGUGAAGAUCUCACCUGGAAAAAUAUGAUCCAGGUGGUCAACAGACACUCCAUUUCCUUAGAAUCUUGCGGAAAAACAAGGUGGAACAACGACCAAUGGCCUCCUUCUACUGGUCUACAAUAGAAAGCAUCCUCACAUACUGCAUUACAGUAUGGUAUGCUGGCUUGACAGUCACGGAUAGAAAUACAUUACAAAGGGUUACUUCUGAAUGCAACGUAACACCAUAACCAUUUAGUAUGAUAGACUUGCAGGGCCAGAACAGUAUGUAACAUGUCUACAUUGGUGCAACAUAAUGUAAUGUUAUGCACACAUAUAUAUAUAUAUAGGAUUGUGUGUUUGUUAGUAAGAUCCAUUGGGUUAGGGUUUUUUCUUUCUUUCACUUAUGAGUUAUUGAGAUGUACUUUGUGUUGGGGAGGCUGCACUAAGGGAGGCUCAUCCAAUCUCAUUGUACACAUGUUGUGCAUUGACAAUAAAGGUUUGAAAUGAAUUGAA